UAGGAAGUAAUUGUUGUGAUAGUGAUUCUAUCAAGGAGAGUGCAUCGUGCAGUGACAGGCAUGUGUUCCAACAGCGACUUCGUCGUCACCAUCACACAUGGAAGUGAAAAGCACAAACUGCAAGUUGAGGCUGAAGAGGAUCACAAUGAGCCCACUCUUCAGGACAUGGCAUUGUCUGUGGAGAAAGUCACUGGGGUACCACUUGCUUCACAGAAACUUAUAUACAAAGGAAAGUCACUUAAGGAAAUGCAACAGAAACUUUCAGUGUUGGGUAUCAAGAAUGGCUGUAAAGUAAUGCUAAUUGGAAAAAAGAACUGUCCAGAGGAGGAAUCUGAAUUAAAGAAGCUAAAAGAUUUUGAAAGAUCUGUGGAACAGAUAGCAAACAAAGUAGAAGAUGUUAACAAGGAACUAUUGGCAAUCCAGAAGGGUUUUCUCACUAAAAGUCUUCAAGUGGAAGCUCUUGGCAAGCUUGACAAAAGAAUAAAGACCACUGUGGAGCAGUUCAUGAAGGUCCUGGAACAGAUAGACUCAAUGACUAUGCCAGAAAAUUUCUGUGACUGUAAGAUGAAAAGAAAAGGACUGGUACAAAAAGUUCAGGGUCUACUUGCUCAAUGUGACACAGUAGAAGGUAUAUCAGCCAAGAGAUGGACAAGCUUCAGUGCAAGAAUUUUGCUUUAUCAAAGUAAAGGCUAUGAUGAAAUGCAUUACAAUAGCAGAGAAAUUGCUCUGUGAGCAAUUUUUAAGGAGAUUCACUCUUUACAUUGCAGUAUAUACCUAGUUUGCAUUACAUUAUAGUUUCUGUUAGCUGUAUUGCUAUAUUUUGCCUGGUGGAGAUCUGCUGCAAUUUGUUUAUUUAAAUUAAGUCAUGUCUGCUAUCCUGAAAUGACUGUUGGUGAGUACUUGUGUUCCCCAGUGCAGUAAGAACUCUGGAGCAUCUCUUUACGUAACUAUGUUGUGUUGUUCCACUCCUGCUAGAAGUUUUAUAAUAAAUGUAUAACUGGAUUUGUAUGCCCCCUGCACAAUGGUCCGUGACAAACCGUAACAGUUGUAAAUUUAUUCACAAACAUGUAGUAGGAAUAAUGGCGAAACAGCACCACAUUUUUCUAAUGUAUCUGAUGUACCUGUUAAAUUUACUGUGCUUACUUCUUUAAAAACACACUUGUAAGAGUAUUUAAAGUGAUUUCUGGAAGAAAAAAAAGUAUAUUUAAAUCUGGUAACAUUCCUGUUUAAACAUUAAAAAAUGUCAGCUCACAAAUCACUUGCUGUAUUCUUACCGAUGAUACUCAUUCCCUCACUACUCUAUGCAUGUUGGUCCAGCAAUUGCGUCCCAACAAAGGGACUGCAGCAAUCAGAUCUUUUUGACGGGACAUCAUUACUGGACCAGGAAGCUGAGAGCAUCUGGGAACCAGAGCAACGGGGAAUCUGUAAGCCCUUUUUUAAAUAACAACACUGUUAGCCGUUUGAAUUUUUUUUUCAGGUAUAUGCACUAAACCAUCAGCUGAUAUACGAGUAGGGAACCAUGCAAAUUUAGGAUCUGGCUUAUGUUAUACAUAAAAGAUGGUAGUAAGGAAGGACUACCACUGUUUACUUCUAUACUGA